AUGACGCCUACUUAAAUUUGAACUACGGAUAAUCCGAUCCCUCUUUCCGAUCUGAUGAUGGCUGUCUAUAGGCGAAGUAAAACUGUGAUUAGUGAGCUGCCGGAAGAGAUUAAUGAAAGAAUUUUGGAGCGAUUGCCCACUCGAGACGCCGCCAGAUGCGCUCUGCUCUCAACUCAGUGGAGGGAUGCUUGGUACCGCCAAGGGCGACUCGUCUUUGACUCGGCCUUCUACAGCUCCAUUCAAAACCGUAACGACGACGACUUGUCUGUCGUGAGCAUAAUCAACCAGAUUCUCAUGCUCCGAGCUGGACCCGUUAAGAAAUUCACGUUUCACGAUUGUACCUCAUUUGAGCCGCCGCUGAAACAGUCUGAUUUAGACAGGUGGUGUCUUUUUCUGUCAAGAAACGGCAUUGAGGAACUUCACCUCUCCAUGAAACAUUCUCGAUCAGAAGAAAUUAAGGUACCAUCCUGUCUACUCUCAUCCAAGACCAUCAAGCAACUGGAACUUGAAUAUUUCGUUUUUUAUUUGCCGGUAAAUGGUGCCUGUAUAUUCCCCGGGCUGACUUCGUUAGAUUUCAGAUUCGUUGAGUUCAGGGGUAAUGAUAAGGAACUGGUCUUUAGCAUGCCCAAGCUUGAGAGGCUAGAAUUCCUUGUGUGUUAUUGUACUCCUAAAUUUGUCACCAGUGCUCCCAAACUUAAAAGUUUGUGCAUUUAUGAUUACUAGAUUCUCACCCGCGCGAUGCGCGGGAUAUUAAAAUAUAAUAACGAUAUGAUAUUAUUUAUAAAUAUUACUCGG